AAAAAAAACACCCAUUUUUAUUAAAUAUUUACUCUCUCUCUCUCUCUCUCUCUCUCUAUGGAUUCUGAUUUCUGGACCUCUCGGCUCGCCGCUGCCAAGCGGCAAUUCAAUUUGCAGCACCACCAUCAUCACAGCUCCCAACUGGAUCGGUUGAACAUCGACGAUUUAGAGGUUGAGGAUGAGGUCAGACCCGAAUUCCCAUGUCCUUACUGUUACGAGGACUAUGAUAUUGUGUCUCUGUGCUCUCAUCUCGAAGAUGAGCACUCUUGCGAGUCCAAAGUCGCCGUUUGUCCCAUAUGCUCCAUAAAAGUUGUGAGUGACAUGUUAAGUCAUUUCACUCUGCAACAUGGACAUUUAUUCAAGAUGCAGAGACGUCGCAGAUUACGUAGAGUUGCGAUUCCCAACAGUCAGGCACUCUCUCUCUUGGGAAGGGAUCUUCGUGAGGCGCAUCUGCAGGUUCUUUUAGGAGGCAGUGGAUAUCGAUCGAGCAAUGCAAAUUCAUCUAAUGCAGUUACUGAUCCAUUCCUUUCCUCUCUUAUUUUGAAUUUCCCUUCAUCUGAAUCAGAAGAUAUUUCGAAAUCCGUGUUAUCCAGUGCUGAUGACAGUUCCGUUAAGAGUGUGACAUCAUCGCAUAGAUGGAAAGCAAGUUUUGAUCCAUCAUUGAGUUAUGAAAAGCGGGAAAAAAGAAAGAGACAGGCUGCCGAAAGAGUUGUUUUUCUCCAGGAUCUGCUAGUCUCAACUCUGUUAGACGACUAGUGAAGCAGCAGUAAGUUGAUAUAGAAUAGCUAUAAAAUUGAGUAAUUAAGUGAUCAUGAUUAGGGGCAAUUUGGGUAUGGUCUCGCAUUGUU